GCGCGCGCUCAUUUGCAGCAGGUCAUCUGGUGGUUCCCCUUUGCAUUUUGCACGCGAGUACCCUUAAUUUUGUGCAAAAAUGGCUGAUUUAGAGGAGAGAGAAGACACCCCUUCACCCCUUGGGAACCCGGCACUAAAAUUGAAGAUGCCCCCCAAAGCAGGUGGAAGUGGUUUUGGGGAAGAAUAUGAUGCCAAAUUGGAAAAGGACAGAUCAUCUCGAUUUGACUUCUUGCUGCAGCAGACAGAGAUCUUUACUCAUUUCAUGAGCACAAGCUCCAUGAAGUCGCCAACCAGUCCACUCAAACUUAAACCGGGCAGACCCAAGAUGAAGAAAGAUGAGAAACAAAAACUCUCUGCAGUUGGAGACAGUCAUCGGCACAGAAAGACAGAGCAGGAGGAAGACGAGGAGCUACUGACGGAGUCCCGCAAGGCUACAUCCGUCAUCACACAGUUUGAGAAAUCACCAACGUACAUCAAGUCUGGUGAGAUGAGGGAUUACCAGAUCCGAGGUCUCAACUGGCUCAUCUCGCUCUACGAGCACGGCAUCAAUGGUAUUCUAGCCGAUGAAAUGGGUCUUGGCAAGACGCUACAAACCAUCUCGUUGCUAGGUUACAUGAAGCAUUACAGACACAUCCCUAGCCCCCAUCUUAUCAUCUGCCCCAAGUCUACGUUAGCAAACUGGAUGGCCGAGUGUGAACGAUGGUGUCCUUCACUCAGGGCUGUCUGCCUUAUAGGUAACCAAGAUCAGAGGUCUGCCUUUAUCCGAGAUGUGAUGAUGCCUGGAGAAUGGGAUGUCUGUAUAACAUCAUACGAGAUGGCUAUCAGAGAGAAGUCAGUGUUCAAAAAAUUCAACUGGCGCUACCUUGUCAUUGAUGAGGCUCACAGGAUAAAGAACGAGAAAUCAAAGCUCUCUGAGAUCGUCCGUGAGUUCAAGACCACCAAUCGUCUCCUGUUGACCGGCACGCCCCUUCAGAACAACCUCCAUGAACUGUGGGCCCUCCUCAACUUCCUCCUCCCUGAUGUUUUCAAUUCUUCAGAGGACUUUGAUGCCUGGUUCAGCACCCAGGAUUGUCUCGGCGAUGACGGUCUCGUCCAGAGAUUACAUGCUGUGCUACGUCCCUUCUUGCUUCGACGUUUGAAAUCUGAUGUAGAGAAGGCUCUACUGCCUAAGAAAGAAACUAAGAUGUAUGUGGGUCUCAGCAAAAUGCAAAGAGAAUGGUACACAAAGAUCCUCAUGAAGGACAUUGACGUCGUCAAUGGAGCUGGAAAAUCUGACAAGAUGCGACUGAUGAACAUCCUCAUGCACCUGAGAAAGUGUUCCAACCAUCCUUACCUGUUUGACGGUGCUGAACCUGGCCCACCUUACACUACCGACAAACAUCUGGUGGACAACUCCGGAAAGAUGGUGGUCCUUGAUAAGCUCUUGCCUAAGCUCAAAGAGCAAGGGUCCCGCGUCUUGAUCUUCAGUCAGAUGACCCGUCUACUGGACAUCCUUGAGGAUUACUGCGUAUGGAGGGGUCAUGCCUACUGCAGGUUGGAUGGUCAAACUCCACAUUCGGAGAGACAGGAAAGCAUAAAUGCGUUCAACCUCCCAGACAGUGAGAAGUUUGUGUUCUUGUUGAGCACCAGGGCUGGGGGUCUCGGAAUCAACCUCGCCACUGCCGACAUCGUUGUCCUCUACGACAGCGAUUGGAAUCCUCAGGUCGAUCUCCAAGCCAUGGAUCGUGCUCAUCGUAUCGGUCAGAAGAAGCAAGUCCAUGUUUUCCGCUUCAUUACGGAGAACACCGUAGAAGAGCGUAUCGUAGAGAGGGCGGAGAUGAAACUUAGGCUGGAUAACAUUGUCAUUCAGCAAGGACGUCUGGUGGACUCCAACCUGAAGAUGAACAAGGAUGAAGCCUUAGAGAUGAUCCGUCAUGGAGCCAACUUCAUCUUCUCAUCCAAGGACAGCACUGUGACCGACGAGGACAUCGACCAUAUUCUUCAAAAGACCGAACAGAAGACUUCCAAGUUCAACGAGAAGCUCAACCAGAUGGGAGAGAGUGGUUUGCGUAACUUUAGCAUGGAUGCCCCAAGCAAGAGCAUCUUUUCCUUUGAGGGAGAGGACUACAAAGAGAAGCAGAAACAAACCGGUAUCAACUGGAUUGAACCGCCCAAGAGAGAACGCAAGGCCAACUAUGCCGUGGAUGCGUACUUCAGAGAGGCGCUCAGGGUCAGUGAACCGAAGGCUCCUAAGGCUCCAAGACCACCCAAGCAGCCCAAUGUGCAAGACUUUCAAUUCUUUCCUCCUCGCCUCUUUGAACUUCUUGACAAGGAAAUUUACGCCUACAGGAAAGGCAUUGGAUACAGGGUCCCACUAAACCCAGACCUUCCAGACGCUUCCAAGGUCAGGAAGGAAGAGCAGCGCAGGAUUGAUGAUAGCAGUCAGCUGGAUGAAGACGAGAUCCAGGAAAAAGAGAGUCUACUCACUCAGGGAUUCACGAACUGGAACAAGAGGGAUUUCAACCAGUUUGUGAAGGCAUGUGAGAAGUUUGGACGUGAUGACGUGGAGAGCAUCUGCCGUGAUGUAGAGGGCAAGGCACCAGAUGAGGUUCGUGAGUAUCUGAAUGUGUUCUGGGACCGUUGCAAUGAGCUUCAGGAUGUUGAUCGUAUCAUGGCUCAAAUAGAGAGAGGAGAAUCGAAAAUCCAGAGGAAGAUUGGUAUUAAGAAGGCUCUGGAUGCCAAGAUGGCCCGAUACCGCGCACCUUUCCACCAGCUCCGCAUUCAGUACGGAACCAACAAGGGGAAGAACUGGACCGAGGAUGAGGACCGAUUCCUGGUCUGCAUGCUUCACAAGCUUGGCUUCGACAAGGAGAACGUGUAUGAUGACCUCAGGAGUUCAGUCAGACAGGCCCCGCAGUUCCGCUUCGACUGGUUUAUCAAGUCACGUACAGCUAUGGAGCUCCAACGUCGAUGCAACACCUUGAUCACUCUGAUAGAAAGAGAGAACCAGGAGCUUGAAGAGAAGGAGAAGGUGGAUAAGAAGAAAGGCAGAGGAAGUACUAAGGGAUCAGGAAGGGGUAGCAUGGGAACGCCCAAGGCUGAGAAGAGAAAGGCUGAUGAUGACACAGACAGUAGAGGGCGCAAGAAGAAUAAGAAGUGAAUAAUCCAAUCGGAUGUGAAUAUCUAGUCAUGUGAUCAAUCCUGUGCUCUUGAUAAACAUCAUUGUAAGAUAUAGUUAAGUCUGUCUGCCUCGAUGGAGUUUUUGGUGACUACUGGUACACAGAUAACUUUAAGGUAGUAGAAAUUCAUCUAGUCUGAAGUGAAGAAAGUAAAAAAAAAUAGACUUUCAGCGGACCUUUGACUUGGGAGGUUGUUUGACUUAUAUGAAGUCAACUUGGGCAAAGUUGACUUCAGUCAAAACUGUCUUAGCAGCCAACUGUUCUUUGUGAGAACAUGUCUUUUGUGGCCUCUGAAACUGUCUCCUAUUUGAAAGGAUUAUCUGCUAUACAACCUGUUAAUAAAGGUCACCUGUCUACAAUGGUCACAUUUUCUGUUUCCCUUCGGUGGCCUUAAUAGACAGAUUUGACUGAAUAUUCCCAAAAAUAAUUUUCUGUGUAAUCUUCAUUGUACAUAAUCCAUUGGUCCCAAUAAUAGUUUCUUCACCAAAAGCUUGGAAAUGGGCUAAAAAGAGAAGAUUCAAAUUCUGGCAGUUUAGACUGAAUUAUAUUUCCAUAUUCAUGACAAAUUUGGUUUAAAAAAAAUGGUAUACCUUGCUCAUUUUUCACAAAAUUAUGCAUUUUUUGAGCAGGAAUUUAUAUAUCAGAUUUAAAUUAAACACAAUAUAACCAAGGGACUAAGAAUGCAAUCUGUGUCUUAUAUAUUUGGAACAAAGUUAAGACCUUUCCUUUUCUGUUGGAAUAUUUCGACUACCAUACUUCAGAACUUAUUUUUUCAUUAGAAUACAUUCCUUCUGCUUGUAAAGUUAAUGAUCUAAGUACAUUUACAAGCAAUGACGAUGCCAUUUUGUAAAUACGCCCUGAAUAUUGACCAAAUGAAUUGACUGUAUAUUGUGAUGUAAGAGAAAGUAAUCGGGUAGUAAGAUAAGAGUAAUGCCCAAGGCUGAGGCCUCAGCCUGCAGAGAUCUGGGUCCCUUUUCAUAAAACUUGUUAGAAUAACAAAUUUGCAAUGACUGUUAAAAGCUACUGAAUGCCUUUGAUCUGAUUGGCUGAUAGUUGAUUUUUUACAGAAACUGCAUUUGCUGUAACAAAUCUGUAUGAAACGGGACCCAGAAAGAGUGUUAAGAAUGAUGUUAACCAGGGUCCCGUAACACAAAGGUUAGCUAUUAAUAAUACGCUUGAUUUUCACGAUCGAUUGUACAUUGUAGUCAAUGCAAUCAAUUGUAUAUUGUUAUUCUAUGAUGAUUGCUAGUCUUUUUGUUACAAGCCACUGAUCCAAUGCCUCUUGUCCAUGUCAGCUAUGUAAUGUUCGUCUCUAUUUAUAUCCAAAUUGGAAAAAAAAAGCUGUAGACAUUAAACAAUCGCAUGAGUGGUGGUGAUCUAACUAUUUAAACAUUUUGUAAAAAAGUGCUAGUAUUGUGAAUGAAGUAUCGAUUGUGCAGAGUAUGGUUUUGAUUUAACUUAAGUAAGAUAUGGUGCAUCAAGUACAGAUCAAAGGUAGUAUGACACAGCCAUGGUAGAUGUGUUAAACAUUCAGGAUAUUCAUUAAAUUCUUUUAAAUUAAUUUUGCGAUGGAGUUAUGUUUAUUGCAACUUCAUCAAUCGGUUUUCUGUUAAGCUUGUAAACAUUGCUUUAUGCCAAAAUUGUAAAUGGUAAUGAUGACUGCUUGUAACUUACAUACUUCUUUUACUUUGACACUGUCAUUUUGUGUAAUCUAUUAUUAUGAUGAACAGUAACAAGAUUAUGUAUUCAAUUUGUGAAGAUCAUAUUGGGACCCGAUAUAGUUGUAAUGUUUACUUUAUAAGUACAAUUAUGGAUGGCUUUUGCCCAGGAGGUUUAUUUUUUUAUUGUGGGGUGAUUACAAUGGUACUUCAUAAUGAAACCAUCAUCUUUAUCAUCAUCAUCAUUGCCAUCAUCGUCAUCACCGUCGUCAUCAUCACCACUCGUCAUCAUCAUAGUCAUGAUAGUCAUCAUUAUCAUUAUUCAUCAUCGAGGUCAUUAUCAUAGUCAUCGUCAUUAUUCAUCGUUACAUCAUCAUCAUCUUCAGAUUCCUGGGCCCUUUUACAAGUCUUUGUUGAUAUUCACGUAUGACACAACCUUCAUAAGCUCAGUCACAUGGUUCAACUUUUAAGGUGGAGCAAAGCAUGAUAUUUGCAAUAUCUUAGCCACUGAUGGGUCAUCAUCCAUUAAUCACAAUUUUGUUUCUCAAAUCAAUUUCAAAUAGCACGAUGCUAUCAAAUUCAGAAUGAAUUUAGUGACUCACAAUUUCACCAUAUUUCAAAUUCAUUAUGUACAAACACCUGCUUGUUAAAACAUACAAUAUUUCAUUGAAGUCGAGUUCAGUUAGAUUUACACAUUUCUACACUUAGUUUGAUAUGAUCCAGUAUGUACAUGCACUCUUAAAAUGUUGGGCAACAUACUGUCCACACAACAAUUGGUUAAGAACUUUAUCCACCUCUGGGUAGCUUUCAACCAAUACUGUAUUUUUCACCCAAAGCACGCAUUGGUUUAGAACUACCAAGAAUUGGAUAAAUUUUUAACCAAUUGUUGUGUGGACAGUAUGUUGCCAAACAUUUUUAAGAGUGUGCAAGGCACAACAAUCUUCUUAACACUAUGUCUACCUUGAAUAAACAUUUUUGUUAUGUAACCAAUGAUAUGUAUUAUGUUCAAGUUUAAGUUCUGUUUCUUCAGAGAAUGUAUAGUGUUUUUUUUUUCCAGUUUUGUCUACAGUCUGAUUCAAAAUAAACAUAUUUUCA